GGGCAAUCCAAAGAAGAAUCAGAACUAGUUGGACCGUGGGAUGCGCGCGCCGUCCACAUUAAUUUGCAGAAAGUAGAAAUUCAUAUUGGAGGCUGUCUUGUGAACAACUAUUACAUCUACAAGAAGUAGCAUAAUUCUUAUCCUAUUACAGACUCAGCCACUGAAUCUACAAUGUCCAGUAUAGAUCCAUUUCAGCAGAUUAUGGUGGAACAUCAGUAUUCACACAAAUUCAUUGUGACGGUUAAGCAAGCUAAAAAUGUCACCAAAGGGGCUUUUGGAGAUAUGCUAGACACUCCUGACCCCUAUGUGGAGCUCUUUAUUCCCACAGCACCAGACAGCAGAAAGAAAACAAAGUAUAUCAACAACAAUGUGAAUCCCGAGUGGAAUGAAACUUUUGAAAUAAUUUUGGAUCCCAACCAGGAAAAUAUUCUGGAGAUUACUCUUAUGGAUGCAAAUUAUGUGAUGGAUGAGACUAUUGGUACAGCAACUUUUCCCAUUUCAUCUUUGAAAAUUGGGGAGAAGAAACAAGUUCCAUUUAUCAUUAAUAGAGUUACAGAAGUCAUAUUGGAGGUAUCUCUUGAAGUUUGCUCUUCAACAGACCUCCGUUUCAGCAUGGCUCUGUGUGAUGAAGAGAAGCACUUCCGACAGCAGCGGAAAACUAGAGUAAUGCAUCAUCUGAAUAAGUUAUUGGGAGCUGAUUUGGCUUCCAUUCGUGAUGUGCCAGUGAUAGCAGUCUUGGGAUCUGGAGGUGGAUUUCGGGCAACUGUAGGAUUUUCUGGAGUAAUGAAAGCACUGUAUGAAUCUGGAAUUUUAGACUGUGCAACAUAUAUUGGUGGUUUAUCUGGAUCCACAUGGUACAUGUCAACCCUGUAUUCUCAUCCAGACUUCCCAGCAAAAGGGCCAAAGGAUAUAAAUGUUGAGUUGAUGAACAGUAUUAGUCACACCCCACUGAAACUACUUACACCCCAGAAAGUGAAGCGAUACAUUGAAGUACUGUGGAAAAAGAAAAGAGCUGGGCAGCCUGUGACAUUUACAGAUAUCUUCGGAAUGCUGAUAGGAGAAACACUGAUUCAAAACAGAAUGGAUAUCACUUUAUCUCAUAUGAGGGAAAAAAUCAACAAAGCGCAGUCAGCUUUGCCACUUUUUACCUGUCUUCAUGUUAAACCUGAUGUGUCAGAACUGAUGUUUGCAGAUUGGGUGGAGUUCAGUCCCUAUGAGAUUGGAAUGGCUAAAUAUGGGACCUUCAUGACUCCCAAUCUGUUUGGCAGCAAGUUUUUUAUGGGCACAGUAGUGAAAAACUACAAAGAGAACCCUCUGCAUUUCUUAAUGGGUGUAUGGGGAAGUGCAUUUGCUAUACUGAUCAACAGAGUGCUUGGCCUUUCCAAUAGCCACAAUAAAGGACCCACAAUGGAAGAAGAACUAGAAAAUAUCAGGUUGCGACAGAUUGUAAGCAAUGAUUCAGAUAGUGAUGAUGAAUCACAGGGGCCGAAAGGCUCAGAAAACCUCCAGGCUGACAUAUCUCACGAACAGACCAGCCAGGAAAGCUGGGUUCAGAGGAUGUUUAUGGCGCUGGUGGGCGAGAGUGCUCUUUUCACCACCCGAGAGGGCCGUGCUGGCAAAGUCCACAAUUUCAUGUUGGGUUUGAAUCUCAAUACUUGCUACCCAUUAUCCCCUUUCGUUGGUGUCAGUACCCAGGAAUCUGUGGAGGAUGAUGAAAUGGAUACUGCUGUAACAGAUCCUGAUGAAUUUGACAGGAUAUAUGAGCCUCUGGAUGUAAAGAGUAAAAAAAUUCAUGUUGUGGACAGUGGACUUACUUUUAAUUUGCCAUAUCCACUUAUCUUAAGACCACAGCGAGGAGUUGAUCUUAUUAUCUCAUUUGAUUUUUCUGCUCGCCCCAGUGAUUCCAGUCCUCCUUUUAAGGAAAUUUUACUUGCCGAAAAAUGGGCCAAAAUGAACAACCUUCCUUUUCCGAAAAUAGACCCAAAUGUGUUUGAUCGUGAAGGGUUAAAAGAGUGUUAUGUCUUCAAGCCCAAAAAUCCUGCAUCUGAAAUAGAUUGUCCCACGAUUAUUCAUUUUGUUUUGGCCAAUAUCAACUUCAGAAAUUACAAAACACCAGGUGUUCCAAGAGAAACUCAAGAAGAGAAAGACUUUGCUGAUUUUGAUAUUUUUGAUGAUCCCGACACACCUUUCUCCACUUUCAACUUCCAAUAUUCAAAGGAGGCUUUCAGCAGAUUGCAUGAUCUGAUGGAGUUCAAUACCCUGAACAACUUAGAAGUAAUCAAAGAAGCAAUAACAGACAGUAUUGAGUAUAGAAGGCAGAACCCAUCACGCUGUUCUGUAUCACUCAGCAAUGUUGAAGCAAGGAGAUACUUCAACAAAGCUAAAAGCAAUAGCCGUACAUAAGGAUAAAUACCAGCUUUGCUACCUAGAACCAAGAAUUGUUGCAUUGAUCAAACAGACUUUAUGCAGAAAAGAAUCACUGGGAAUUAAUCAUUACAAAAUAAUAAAGGAAUACAAUUGCAUCCCUGAUGAUGAUGAAAAUGAGAGCAGGUUUAUUUACAGCUAGAUACCAUAUAACACGUAUAGUAUACAUUCCAAAAUAAGACA